CUCAACCACCACCACCACUACCUCGACUCCCUCUCAGUGACCACCACUGCAACCGAGCAGUACAUCUACAUCUUCUUCCGCUUGCUGGUCCGAUCGCAAACCUGCAAACAUGUCGCAAGUCCACGCCAUGUCCGACGACCAGGUCGCCGGCGAGCUCAAGAAGAUGACUGCCUUCAUCAGGCAAGAGGCUCUUGAGAAGGCAAAUGAGAUAAGGCUUAAGGCCGAUGAGGAGUUCGCAAUUGAGAAAUCGAAGCUCGUCCGCCAAGAAACUUCCGCCAUCGACACCUCGUAUGAGAAGAAGUUCAAGCAGGCCAGCAUGUCCCAGCAGAUCACACGCUCCACCGUUGCCAACAAGACACGAUUACGGAUCCUUUCCUCCCGCCAGGAGCUACUGGAUCAAUUGUUCGAAGAUGCCGGCAAGAAAGUGAAGGAUGUUUCAAAGGACAAGAGCAAAUACCAGGGCAUCCUGAAAAACUUGAUACUCGAAGGUGCAUACGCAUUGAACGAAGACAAAAUCCAGGUCAAGGCGAGGAAGGGCGACUAUGAUGUGGUCAAGAAGGCCAUUGAAGAAGCGCAGACGGAAUAUAAGAAGAAGGCCGGCAAGGCAACUGCCAUUACCAUCGAUGAGAGUGAUCCUUUGCCCGCAGAGUCAGCUGGAGGCGUAUUCGUUGUCGGUACCGGCGGCAGGAUCGAUAUUAAUAACACCUUUGAGGAACGCCUAAGACUUCUUGAGACCGACGCAUUGCCCUCGAUUCGGGUGACUCUCUUUGGCGAGAACCAAAACCGAAGGUUCCACGAUUGAGCGACCAGCAUAGACGGUCAAUCAAUACGGCACGACGAGGAAUUGCUAGGUGUGAAGGAGAGGUCGCUAACAUAGUUCGUCCGAAAACCCCCUACCACCUCCAAUAUUUCAUUCGACUCUCAGACUUGGGAAGAUCACACAUCCCAAGUAGUCUCCUACGCCUCUUGGAGCAUGUAGUAUACCUGGAGGAUUUAGCGGGUCUUGGACUUGUGCAUUUGAAAUCAUAACAACCACCUUUUUUCUCGAAAUAUUCCAUCCUUUAUCUUGCAGGUCGCC